GUGUUCGCCUUUGCUAGCAGGUAAAAAGGAAUAUGCAUUCAAGUGCUUUGCUUGUGGUUUUCGCUGUGGUUGCGGUCCUGGCCGCUGAAAGCCACGGCGCUGAGAGGCUUGCAUUCAAGGGCAGUACAGUGCUACCAACAGAAACCACGGCCGUGAAACCACGUGCCCUGUCACCUGACCUCUCGGUCCACGAGAAUUCUGCAAGCGGACAGUCACAAAUCGCAUCAGAUGAGUACAAAGAAAUCGCGGUCAAGGAAAAUGCAUCAGAUCGACUGGACACUGCGGCCACUUACAAUUCGCCGACGCAAGUACAAGGAAUCCUCCGGAACGCAAAUGGCCAGGACGUUUAUUCCACAUUCUACGAUUAUAAUCAACCUCUCUUUCUUAACAGUCGCGGUUUCACAACAGUGGACAACGUUCAUCAUUUCGUGAUUGGAGCCAGCUUCCCUUAUCUGUCAGUUCCUUACCUCUACGUAGGUCCCUGCUCGCUGGAGUGUGAAUACUUCGCAAUCCAACACGGCAACACUUUCCCUUCCUUUCAUCAUAGACCGCUUCAUAACCUUGCCGAAUAUCAUGGACCAAAUCACCACACCUCGACCGGCUUUCAGCUUAACGGGAGACUUCCACACGCAAUUCUUGGUCACAACAGACCGGAACAUUCCGGAGUCAGGCACGAUGCCGGAGGUCAGGUGAGGUACCUGACGGGCGCAAACGAUGUCAACCACAUCAAAACUCAACCUCACCUUCUUCAAAACAGAAUAAACGGCCAGUAUGCAUCUCAAACACAACAGUAUCACCAACUGUGAUGUGUUUUUAACUCACAGAAAUGCAUUAAACAAAUUAAAUCGACGCAGCAGAAUAAUAUUUAAAGUCUACCGAAGACAUUACCCAUCAUUCAUGGAGACUGAAGGUUCAGUACCAUGACCCAUCCUUACCCACAAGAAUCCCGUCCACAUUUUCACAACUAAAUUCGUUAAAAUCCUCCCAUUUGUGUCUAUUUCCUUUACGUAUUUGGAAGAAUAUAUUGUAGGCAUUUGACUUCGUCCUCGUGCGUGCUAUACGCGCUGCCAAGCUAUUAUCUAAAUUUGUACUCUGUUCUCGGGUUCGAUUCCCGGCGGUGCCCGAAUUUAUAACUUGUGUU